UCUCUUCUGCUUUCUCUAUCUUUCUUCACAUACUUCUAUUGUUAAGAAGAGGUUUUGAUAGCAGAGAAAAUCAUCAUAUUCAUGGCUUUUUUGACAAUAAUUAUUGGUGUUGUAUUGGGACUUUGCCUAUUAAGCACUGCCCUGUUGAGAUGGAAUGAGAUGAAGUACAGGAAGAAAGGUCUACCCCCUGGUACCAUGGGCUGGCCACUUUUUGGUGAGACCACUGAUUUUCUCAAACAAGGCCCCAGCUUCAUGAAAAACCAGAGAGCAAGGUAUGGAAGUGUAUUCAAAUCACAUAUUCUAGGAUGCCCGACAAUUGUAUCAAUGGAUCCAGAACUAAAUAGAUACAUACUCAUGAGUGAAGGCAAAGGAAUCCUUCCUGGUUACCCACAAUCCAUGCUUGACAUUUUAGGCAAAUCAAACAUUGCAGCUGUUCAUGGGCCUGCUCACAAAAACAUGAGAGGUGCAUUGUUAUCACUUGUUAGCCCAUCUAUCAUUAGAGACCAAAUCCUUCCCAAGAUUGAUGAUUUCAUGAGAUCCCAUCUUUCUAAUUGGACUCACCAAAUUAUUGACAUCCAAGAAAAAACCAAAGAGAUGGCUCUGUUAUCAUCACUUAAACAAAUUUGUGGGACUGAAUCUUGCUUAAUAUUUAAAGAAUUCAUGCCUGAAUUUUUUAAGUUGGUUUUGGGGACACUUUCUCUUCCUAUUAAUCUUCCAAACACAAAUUAUCACAGAGGCUUACAGGCAAGGAAGAAUGUUGUAAGAAUGUUGGGAGAAUUGAUAAAUGAAAGAAGGAAUAAUUCAGAAGAAAAACAUGAAGAUAUGUUGAGUUUAUUGAUGAGUGGUGUGGAAAACAGAUAUAAGUUAAGUGAUGAAGAGAUAAUUGAUCAAAUAAUUACAAUUUUGUAUUCUGGGUAUGAGACAGUUUCCACUACUUCUAUGAUGGCUGUUAAGUAUCUUCAUGAUCAUCCUAGAGUUCUUCAAGAACUGAGAAAAGAACAUUUGGGAAUCAGAGAGAAAAAAAUGACAGAGGACCCACUUGACUGGAAUGACUACAAGUCCAUGAAGUUCACUCGUGCGGUGAUCUUUGAGACCUCCAGAUUGGCAACCAUUGUUAAUGGUGUAUUAAGGAAAACUACCAAAGAAAUGGAACUCAAUGGAUUUGUGAUACCCGAAGGAUGGAGAAUAUAUGUAUAUACACGAGAGAUAAAUUACGACCCAUGUUUAUAUCCGGAUCCAUAUACCUUUAACCCAUGGAGAUGGCUGGAUCGUAGCUUGGAAACACAAAAUUAUUUUUUCAUCUUUGGUGGCGGAACUAGGCAAUGUCCUGGAAAAGAACUUGGCAUCGCGGAAAUAUCGACCUUCCUUCAUUACUUUGUAACCAAAUACAGAUGGGAAGAGGUUGGAGGAGAUAAGCUUAUGAAGUUUCCAAGAGUUGAAGCACCAAAUGGACUACAUAUUAGGGUGUCAAAUCUAUGUUAAUAUGUAUAAUAUAUAAUAUGAAAGAACAAAAAAAAAGUUGCGUAUAUGUACAAAUGAUCUGAGAGAGUUGUAGAGAUUUUUGACACAUUGGUAGAGGUUGUACAAAAUAAUUUUCUAACCAUAUAGGCUUUUUUUUUAAUCUGUCGAUAUUUAUUGAAAUUUUUUGGUA